AUGUCGACGUCCUCUGAACCCUCCGAACCCUCCGGGUCCCCUGAUCCUACCAAUCCCCCCAAACGCAACGUGCCCAAAACACCUAGCGAGUGGGUAACGGCCGCAGGGGACUCUAAAUCCCAAUAUCUCACUCUUCAUACCCUAUCCAAAGUCCACUCAGCUUCGAAGUUGACCUCUACGGACUUCAUUGCCAUGAGAGCCGUAUGGCCAGAAGUACAGUUCGCGAAACGCUUGAAUUCUGGCUUCGAUGCUCAGAUAAUGGGCAAGGCCCGAGAAGUUUUGAAGAACUUCCCCGAGUUCCAAGCCUACAUCAAGGAUAUCAAGAAACCCAACACAAGCGCCGUGGAUCGGGACAUGGGUGCUUUUCUCCUUGUGAGAGAGUCCCAGAAACAGAUCCCACUGGAGCCCGUCGGGAAGCUCGAAUCUGAUUCUGUUGAUAUGCAAGAAUCGCUCAUCGAACCACGCAAAAAGCGCAAGCUUUCACCGUCCGGACAACACAGUAAGGCCUCGGAAUCUGAUGAUGAAGCGGCCGAUAGUUCUUCGUCAUCUUCGUCAACAUACAGCGAGGUGUCGGCUGCUUGCGACUCCGAAAUUACACCCGGGCCAACCAAAGACGAGCAACUUGUCAACGACGCUCUGCUGCUGUUCCUGAGGGCUCUCUUGGUUUAUCAACCUGAGUUAAAAUGCCAAUGGACAGCGCACCGCUCGCCAUUUUCUACUGCAGUUUUUGGCAGGAACAAGAUGAAUGCGCGUACAGACGGCUAUUUGGAAGCAAAUGGCGAGGUCUUCGCUAUCAUCGAGGUUAAGCCAAACAUUCGGGCCCCAAGUGUACGCCCGGAACUUUUAUGGCAAGAGACAGGCGAGAUGAUUGCGUGGAUCAUGCACGACGAACAACACCGCCGAAAGUGUGAUCUUCGCCGACGUCUCCUUGUAUCGCAGGACAAUCACGAGAUUUUCCUUACAAUUGCCAACUACGAUAGUAGGUAUCUCGCGUACCUGAAAAACGAGGAGACGCCCUUGGGUUCUGAUGGGCCAUUCUUAAGAAUGAAUACAUACGGCCCGUGGAACAUCGGUUAUCCAACUCAUAUGAAGGAGCUGGCUACCUUUAUCCUCUGUGUUGCUUUCGAGGUGACAAACGAUCUGGGUCUGGCCUCUUCCAGCUAA